CCGGGCCGUAUAAAGUUCGCCGGCCCCUUUGUUCGUUCUCAUUGCGUAGUUGCGUCUCUCCUCUUCUCGUUGUCUAGGGUUCGGGGGCCUUGGAGACCGAGGGGGGCUACAACGCGUGCGUACAGAGCCGAGUUUUAGAGCGCGUGGUCGCGGCGGCGGGAAGCCAAAGUGGGUGAAGCCAGAAGCAGCCGGAAAGUCCAGCGUCCUCAUUUUGCCCCUCCUGCCUAAUCGGUGCGUAGGAGAUGCCCAGCGGGAGGCUUUCGCUGCAUUCCCCCCAGUUAGAAUAUAACAAAACCAGAAUGGUUGAAGCAGAUCGUCCAGGGAAACUGUUCGUAGGUGGACUAAAUACUGAAACAAAUGAGAAGGCUCUUGAAGCUGUAUUUGGGAAAUAUGGGCGAAUAGUGGAAGUACUGCUGAUGAAAGACAGGGAAACCAGCAAAUCGAGGGGGUUUGCCUUUAUUACUUUUGAAAGCCCUGCUGAUGCAAAGGAUGCUGCCAGAGACAUGAAUGGGAAGCUCCUGGAUGGAAAAUCGAUUAAAGUUGAACAAGCCACUAAGCCAACCUUUGAAAGUGGUGGUAGACGAGGGCCACCACCUCCACCAAGAAGCAGAGGCCCUCCAAGAGGCCUUAGAGGAGGAGGAAGAGGAGGAAGUGGUGGAGGAACAAGGGGACCACCCUCACGUGGAGGACAUAUGGACGAUAGCGGAUAUUCUCUUAACUUCAACAUGGGGUCUUCCAGGGGACCUCUUCCAGUAAAAAGAGGCCCACCACCACGUAGUGGUGGGGGUCCUCCACCUAAAAGAUCUGCACCUUCAGGGCCAGUGCGCAGCAGUAGUGGAAUGGGAGGAAGAGCUCCAGUGUCACGUGGGAGAGACAACUAUGGAGGUCCACCCCGAAGGGACCCAAUGCCGUCCAGAAGAGAUGUUUAUAUGUCACCAAGAGAUGAUGGUUAUAAUACUAAGGACAGCUAUUCAAGCAGAGAUUAUCAAAGUUCUCGAGACAACAGAGAUUAUGCUCCACCUCCAAGAGAUUAUGCCUACCGUGAUUAUGGUCAUUCCAGUUCACGUGACGAUUAUCAAUCUAGAGGCUACAGUGAUCGUGAUGGUUAUGGUGGUCGUGAUAGAGAUUAUUCAGAUCACCCCAGUGGAGGUUCCUAUAGAGAUUCGUAUGAGAGUUAUGGUAACUCACGUAGUGCUCCACCUGCUCGAGGGCCCCCUCCAUCUUAUGGUGGAAGCAGUCGCUAUGAUGAUUACAGCAGAGAUGGAUAUGGUGGAAGCAGAGAAAGUUAUUCAAGCAGCCGAAGUGAUAUCUACUCAAGUGGUCGAGGAGAUCGUGUCGGUCGACAAGAUAGAGGGCUUCCGCCUUCUAUGGAUAGGGGAUACCCUCCUCCACGUGAUUCAUACAGCAGCUCAAGCCGCGGAGCACCAAGAGGUGGCCGUGGAGGAAGCCGGUCUGAUAGAGGAGGAGGCAGAAGCAGAUAUUAAAAAGAAAAAGCUAAAAUUUUGGACCAAAACCCCCUUUCAAAAAAAAAAAAAAAAAAAAAAAAAAAAAAAAAAGCAAGUGGAGCUU